AUGGAGGGCCAUUCCGAACAGUCGCAUACCGGCUCGGAGCCCCAAGCCUAUACUCAGUCCUCCAGGCAACCAUCCAGCUCAACUGGCGAGACAUACCAUCAUGAUGCGAGCUCCGGACAACCCACUACAGAACAAGUUCACCAGACCACCGAAGCUCCCAUCGAAUCAACUUUAACCGACAGCUCAACCGUCAGCUCGUCUGUAAGUGACGAAGAUGGCCAGUGGGGAGAGCAAGAGGCCGGAAAGGCCGUCUCCCGCAGCGGCGCCAUGGAGGAUAUGGAAGAGAUGCGCCGCGAACUCACCCGCCUCAGCCUGAGCCGCACCCGCUCUGUCACUAAGAGCGUUCGUCGCCGAAAGUCGCAGGCCAGCCGCCGCGAUGAAGAAAAGGCCAAGGACGAAGAGACCGAGGACGAGGCUGACGACAGCUUCAAUCUGGGUGAGUUCCUGACCGGUGGUCAUCUGGAGCGUCGCACGACCGCCGGCGAACCCGCCAAGAAGGUUGGCGUCGUCUUCAAGAACCUUACCGUGCAGGGCGUGGAGACCGGCGCAUCUUUCGUGCGCACUCUUCCCCAGGCCGUGAUCGGUACCUUCGGCCCCGAUUUGUAUAACCUCGUCUGCAGGUUCGUGCCGCAGCUGCGGUUCGGAAAGCACCCUCCUGUUCGCGAUCUGAUCCAUGAUUUCAGCGGUACUGUGCGCGAAGGUGAGAUGAUGCUGGUGCUGGGCCGUCCAGGUGCUGGCUGUACCACCUUCCUCAAGGCGAUUGCGAAUGACCGUGGUGCUUUUGCUGGUGUCCAUGGUGAGGUCAGUUAUGGUGGUCUCUCGUCCGAGGACCAGAAUAAGCACUUCCGUGGAGAAGUCAACUAUAACCCAGAAGACGACCAACACUUCCCUUCGCUCACUGUCUGGCAAACUCUCAAGUUCUCCUUGAUCAACAAGACCCGCAAGCAAGAUCGGGAAAGCAUCCCCAUUAUCAUCGAUGCCCUGUUGAAGAUGUUCGGUAUCACUCACACAAGGAAUACCCUCGUUGGUAACGAGUAUGUCCGCGGUGUCUCUGGAGGUGAGCGCAAGCGUGUGAGUAUCGCAGAGACCCUGGCCACCAAGUCCUCAGUGGUCUGCUGGGAUAACUCGACUCGCGGUCUGGAUGCCAGCACCGCACUGGACUACGCCAAGUCCCUCCGCAUCAUGACCGAUAUCAGCAAGCGCACUACCUUCGUCACCCUGUACCAAGCCGGAGAGAGCAUCUACGAGCUCAUGGACAAGGUGAUGGUCAUCGACGAAGGCCGCAUGCUCUACCAAGGUCCAGCCAAUGAAGCACGACAAUACUUUAUCGACCUGGGCUUCUACUGCCCCGCACAGUCGACUACAGCCGACUUCCUUACUUCGCUCUGCGACCCCAACGCCCGCGAGUUCCAGCCCGGUCGUGAAGCGUCCACCCCCAAGACCCCCGAGGCACUUGAGAACACCUUCAAGAACAGCCAGGCCUACAGCCGUAUCUUGGAGGAUGUCAGCAGUUACGAGAAACGUCUCCAAGACACCGAGCAGGCGGACACCCGUCGCUUCCAAUCCAUGGUCGCGCAGUCCAAGUCCAAGUCCGUCUCCAAGAAGUCACCCUACACCGUCUCGUUCGUGAGCCAGGUCAUGGCCUGCGUGCAGCGCGAGUUCUGGCUGCUCUGGGGUGACAAAACCUCCCUCUACACGAAGUACUUUAUCGUCAUCUCCAACGGCCUCAUCGUUUCGUCCUUGUUCUACGGAGAGUCCCUGGAUACCAGCGGCGCUUUCUCGCGCGGCGGUGCUCUGUUCUUCUCAAUUCUGUUCCUUGGCUGGAUGCAACUGACCGAGCUGAUGCCUGCUGUCACUGGACGGGGUAUCGUCGCCCGCCACAAGGAUUACGCUUUCUACCGUCCCUCUGCUGUCUCCAUUGCCCGUGUCAUUGUCGACUUCCCUGCUAUCCUCGCCAUGGUCGUGCCGUUCACGAUUAUCGUCUAUUUCAUGAGUGGUCUCGAUAUCUCGGCUUCCAAGUUCUUCAUCUACUUCCUGUUCGUGUACACGACUACCUUUUGCGUCACCUCGCUCUACCGCAUGUUCGCUGCGCUGUCGCCGAGUAUCGAUGACGCCGUGCGUUUCAGUGGUAUUGCGCUGAACCUGCUCAUUUUGUAUGUCGGUUAUGUCAUUCCCAAGCAGACUCUUAUCAAGGACUCUAUCUGGUUCGGAUGGCUGUUCUAUGUCAACCCCAUCGCGUACAGUUACGAGGCGGUCUUGACAAACGAGUUCGCCGAUCGUGUCAUGGAAUGCAAUCCAUCCCAACUUAUCCCACAGGGUCCCGGGAUGGAACUCCAGUACCAGGGCUGUGCUCUGACUGGGUCAUCCCUGGGUGAAACAUCUGUUACCGGGACUCAGUACUUGACUGCCAACUUUGAGUUCACACGCAGCCAUCUCUGGCGCAACUUUGGUGUUGUCAUUGCCUUCACCGUGCUGUAUAUCCUGGUGACUGUCAUCGCUGCUGAGACUCUCUCGUUCGUUGGUGGUGGCGGUGGUGCUCUGGUCUUCAAAAAGUCCAAGCGUGCUAAGCAGGUCGCUCAGACUAUCGACGCCAACGACGAAGAGAAGGUCGCUAACGCAAAUGACAAGGCCGCUCUUGCCCGUGGCCAGGCCACUUCUAAUGAUGCGACUUUCAACCGCCUGUCCUCAAGUGAGCGCUGCUUCACCUGGCAGAAUGUUGAAUAUACUGUCCCCUACGGUAAUGGAACACGCAAGCUCCUCAACAGUGUCAAUGGCUACGCCAAGCCCGGCGUCAUGAUCGCCCUCAUGGGUGCCUCUGGUGCUGGAAAGACGACCCUACUUAAUACUCUGGCCCAGCGCCAGAAGAUGGGUGUCGUGACUGGCGAUAUGCUCGUCGAUGGCCACAAGCUGGGUCCUGAUUUCCAGCGUGGCACAGGUUUCUGUGAGCAAAUGGAUCUGCACGACAACACCUCCACCAUCCGCGAAGCCUUCGAGUUCUCAGCCAUCCUCCGCCAGCCCCGCGAUGUCCCGCGCCAGGAGAAAAUCGACUACGUGGACCGCAUCAUCGACCUGCUCGAACUCGAGGAUAUCCAGGACGCCAUCAUCGGCUCUCUCAACGUCGAGCAGAAGAAGCGUGUCACCAUCGGCGUCGAGCUCGCAGCCAAGCCUAGUCUGCUUCUGUUCCUGGACGAGCCCACCUCCGGUCUCGACAGCCAAGCCGCAUUCUCCAUCGUCCGCUUCCUCAAGAAACUCUCUCAAGCCGGCCAGGCUAUCGUCUGCACAAUCCACCAGCCCUCCUCCAUGAUCAUCCAGCAAUUCGACAUGAUCCUCGCCCUCAACCCCGGCGGCAACACCUUCUACUUCGGCCCCGUCGGCAAAGAAGGCUCCGCGGUAAUCAAGUACUUCGGCGACCGCGGGUUCGUCUGCCCACCAUCCAAGAACGUGGCCGAAUUCAUCCUCGAAACAGCCGCGAAAGCAACCCACCGAAACGGCAAACUCCUCGACUGGAACGAAGAAUGGCGCAACUCAGACCAAAACCGCGAAAUGCUCGCUGAAAUCGAGCACAUCCGUGCAGAGCGCAGCAAGCUCCCCAUCGAGGAAUCCGGCUCCGCCCAAUACGAAUUCGCAGCCUCAACAUCAACCCAAACCUUCCAGCUGACGAAACGUCUCUUCACAAACUACUGGCGCGACCCAUCCUACUACUACGGCAAACUCUUCGUCUCGGUCAUCAUCGGAAUCUUCAACGGCUUCACCUUCUACAUGCUCUCAAACACAGUAGCCUCAAUGCAAGACCGCAUGUUCUCCGUCUUCCUAAUCAUCCUCAUCCCACCCAUCGUCCUCAACUCCAUCGUCCCCAAAUUCUACAUCAACCGCGCCCUCUGGGAAGCACGCGAAUACCCAUCCCGCAUCUACGGCUGGGUCGCCUUCUGCACAGCAAACGUCGUCUGCGAGAUCCCCGCAGCCAUCAUCUCGGGCCUGAUCUACUGGCUGCUAUGGUACUACCCAGUCGGAUUCCCAACCGACUCCGCGAACGCAGGCUACGUCUUCCUCAUGACGAUCCUCUUCUUCCUCUUCCAGGCUUCGUGGGGCCAGUGGGUCUGCGCCUUCGCGCCUUCUUUCACCGUCAUCUCAAACGUCCUCCCCUUCUUCUUCGUCAUGGUCAACCUCUUCAAUGGUAUCGUCCGUCCCUACGCAGCUUACCCCGUCUUCUGGAAAUACUGGAUGUACUACGUCAACCCGGUCACAUGGUGGCUGCGCGGUGUGUUAUCUGCCGUUUUGCCAGAGGUCCAGAUUGAGUGUUCCUCGCUGGAAGCUACACAUUUCAACCCCCCGCCUGGAAAAACUUGCAAUGCUUAUGCGGGUGACUUUGUCGACGCUGCGAAGGUUGGAUACCUGGUUAACCCCCAGGCUACGGCGGAUUGCCAGUACUGUCCCUACACGGAUGGUGCGCAGUACAUGGCGAACUUGAAUGUUCAUGUUGAUGAUAAAUGGCGCUGCUUUGGAAUUUUCUUGGCUUUUGUUAUUAUUAACUGGGCUUUGGUUUAUUUCUUUAUUUACACUGUUCGUGUGAGAGGUUGGAGCUUUGGUAUUGGUUCGCUGUUUGGUUUGGGUGGACUGAUGAUUGAUCGUGUGAAGGGAUUGUUUAAGGGGAAGAAGAAUGAUGAAGUUUAG